AUGUCCGUCGAGAGCUCAAGUGAUGUCCUUCUCAAGGAAAUCUUGGAAGGACUCAACUCCUUGCGCAAGGAGAACUCCCAGCUAGCAUCAGCCGUAGACACCAUCAAUGGCCGUGUAAACAUGCUAUCGGAGAUCAAACAAAUCAAAGAUGAGGCUAAAGGUCAGCCUCAACCCUCCAACGGCCUUCUCGAGAAAGCCAAAGAAGUUGCUGCCUCCCUUUCGGAGAAGACCACGGAGGCCGUUAGCAAACAGUAUGAGGAAUCAUCACCUGUUGCUGAUACGUCUCCUCGUCGAACCAGCGUUUCCAAGACUUCCAAAAUCAUCUUGACUUCGUAUCCUGGUCAAGCUGGUGUUGACCCACUGCCUAUGGAUUGGGGUCACAAAGACCCUGCAGUUCGAGGUCCCGUGGUUGUGUCUCGCCAUUCGAAUACCAUCCGUAGGCGCAACGCCAUCGGCGCUCACGGUGGUUCCUACUCAAUUUACCACGCUCUUGCCGUAGCAAGCGGGAACCUUGACAUUGAACAUAAGCCUGACUUUACCAACACCGAGCCCGCCGCAACCAUCGGGCCGUUCCCUCAAUGGAGCGACAAGAAGAAGAUUGUAGCCAUGGAUCCUCUUGGACAUCUGGCUCCAUGGCUUUACAAGGAGACUAUGGACAAAGAGGGUGUCGAGAUCAGGCCUUCUAUUGCCAUUACCAAAGCCCACAUGAAACUGCCUGAGCUGGAGGACAGCGUUCGCAAAGGUCGUCUCGUACCUGAUGGCAAGAUCUGUAUCAACGAGAGCGGUGAAUUGGCGGUCACAAAGGUUGCCGUUGAGCCUGUCUGGUAUCUACCGGGAGUUGCCGAACGCUUCGGCAUCGAUGAGGGCACUCUUCGCCGUACGUUGUUCGAGGAGACUGGCGGAUCCUACCCUGAGCUGAUUACGCGGCACGAUAUCAAGCUCUUCCUGCCACCGAUCGGUGGUUUGACUGUGUACAUCUUCGGUGAUCCAGCCAAGAUGUCGGACGAGAAAGUCCGUCUCGCCCUGCGUGUCCACGAUGAGUGCAACGGCAGCGAUGUGUUCGGUUCAGACAUUUGCACAUGCCGUCCGUACCUCAUUUUCGGCGUUGAGGAAGCCGUCAAGGAAGCUCAGAAAGGCGGCAGCGGUGUCGUCAUCUAUUUCCGCAAAGAAGGACGAGCUCUUGGUGAGGUGACGAAGUACCUCGUGUACAACGCACGAAAGCGCGGAGAAGACCGCGCGAGCGAGUACUUUAAGCGAACCGAGAACAUUGCUGGUGUCAAGGACAUGCGUUUCCAAGCACUCAUGCCUGAUAUCCUGCACUGGCUCGGCAUCACGAAGAUUGACAGAAUGCUCAGCAUGUCCAAUAUGAAACACGAUGCGAUUGUCGAGCAGGGCAUCCCAAUUCACGAGCGCGUGCCGAUCCCUGAAGAGAUGAUACCGGCGGACAGCCGCGUCGAAAUCGAUGCGAAGAUCCAAGCUGGCUACUUCACUACCGGUCACGUUAUGUCCAUGGACGAGCUCGCCAACGUUAAGGGUCGCGGCUGGGAAGACAUCGACCACUAA